AUGAGAGAAUAAAUAAUAAUGCUAUUUAAGCAAACUCUUUGAGCUCUUUGAGCGUCCACUGCGAUGAACACCUCGCGCUCGAUCACCAUGGGAAUCCCCACUCAAGUCCCGAACGGCACAGCGGUGAGUGCGGAGACGCUCGCUCAGUGGAAUUACAGCGCUGUGAGCGCCUACAAACUGAUGGAGCUACCGGCUCGAGCCACUACGGUGGCGAUGGUGCAGGAUGUUCGACACCCUUUCCCCACUGUGGAUGUUCCAGCCCAUGCCCACUACACUAUUGGCUCUGUCAUUCUAGCAGUAGGCAUCACAGGCAUGGUGGGCAACUUCUUGGUCUUGUAUGCCUUCUGCAAGAGUAGGAGUCUGAGGACACCUGCGAAUAUGUUCAUCAUUAACCUGGCUCUCACCGACUUUCUGAUGUGUGUCACUCAGACACCCAUCUUCUUCACCACUAGUAUGCACAAGCGAUGGAUCUUUGGGGAGAAAGGCUGUGAGUUAUAUGCUUUCUGCGGGGCUCUGUUUGGUAUCUGCUCAAUGAUCACACUCAUGAUUAUUGCGGUAGAUCGAUAUUUUGUGAUCACUCGUCCUCUGGCCUCUAUUGGUGUCAUGUCACGCAAACGUGCACUAGUCAUCCUUGCUGCUGCUUGGGUGUACUCUAUUGGCUGGAGCCUGCCUCCGUUCUUUGGAUGGAGUGCAUAUGUUCCUGAAGGUCUGCUGACUUCCUGUUCGUGGGACUACAUGACAUUUAGUCCUUCUGUACGGGCCUACACAAUGCUGCUUUUCACCUUUGUAUUCUUCAUUCCGCUCUUCAUCAUUAUUUACUGUUACUUCUUCAUCUUUAAAGCCAUCCGUGACACCAACAGAGCUGUUGGAAAAAUCAAUGGAGAAGGAGGGCACAAAGACUCUAUCAGGAAGCUUCACCGAAUGCAAAAUGAUUGGAAGAUGGCAAAGAUAGCACUCAUAGUUAUCCUGCUGUAUGUCAUCUCCUGGUCUCCUUACUCCUGUGUGGCUCUUACUGCUUUUGCUGGCUAUGCUGACAUUCUCACACCCUACAUGAACUCUGUGCCCGCUGUGAUUGCCAAGGCAUCCGCUAUCCACAACCCUAUCAUCUAUGCUAUCACUCACCCAAAAUACAGGUCUGCCCUUGCAAAGUACAUACCAUGCUUGGGUGUGAUACUGUGUGUGCCUCAAAGAGACCGAUUCAGCAGCAGUAGCUUUAUGUCCACGCGACGUUCCACUGUGACCAGCCAGUCCUCUGAGACCAGCAACAACCUGCACCGGACUGGGAUGACACGCUUAUCCUCAGUGUCUGACAGCGAGUCGGGUUGGACGGAUACCGAAGCAGACCUAUCCAGUGCAAGUACACGUCCUGCGAGCCGCCAGGUCUCAUGUGACAUCCGUAACGACAGAGAUGUGUCAGACAUCAAGCACACCAGCUCUCUGAGACUGAAGGUUAAAAGCAGAGACUCUGGUAUUUUAGACAGAAACUCAGCACAGAGCUUAGCAGAGUCGGGCCUAAACAGGACAUGUGCCUACAUCAGCAUGGUGACCGACAAAGAUGAGACCUCCUUGCCCGAAGUCAGCUUAUCCAGUUGUCUGACAUCCUCUCCGAAUAUGUUCUCAGAGAAAGCUGAGCUGAAAAGACUUUCGGCUCCAGUCCCUUCCAUCAUUGUGACGUCAGAGUCCAGUUCUGCCCUCCUCUCAGUAGAGUGUAUUGGCUACUCCUCCAGACAGCUGCCAGGUGGUUUGGAGGAGGUAGCCACGGUCACUGUGGAAGCUCCUGGCAUUGACUGAAUACAAGCUGCACUACCCUGCACUACCACUGACAUUUGCUCUACUUCAGGACACCUUCUCAACAGGCUCUUGGUCAUCUGACUUAACCCUUCCUCCUUUUUGUCUACUUGCUUUUACACAGGGCUCAAAACAUAAACCUGCAUGCAGUAACAACUCUGACAUCCGCAAUUUAUCUGUGCAGUGUUUUUCUUAUGCUUUUGGCUGUACUGAGGUGGAAACAAAGCCACAGCUGGUUACAGGGUGAAUAGGGUCUAUAUUCCCUUCUCGAAAAUCCAUCUUCACCCAGCCUAAGCUGGUUAGGCUGGUCUGUUUGCUGGUUUUAGAGGGGGUUUAGGCACUUACCAGCUGGUCAGAAUGGGAGACAAGCUGGCCAACCAGUUAAAUUAGCUGAGCACCAGUUUGGUCAGGAGACCAGUUAGACCAGCUAAAGACCAGCUUAGCCAGGCGGGGAGACCAGCUACCCAGAGCGAAGACCAGCAUACCAACCUGGACUAGUUUUUGCUGUUUUUUCAACAGCAGAGCAUAGUUUUUACAAGCAGUGUCAGUAGGGUUUGAGCUGCUUUUAAUGAUGCAGAGAUGAUCUCUUCUUAAGGAAGGGAUGACCCUUGGACUCCUAGAAGAAUUUUUUGGAGCCAGGCAAAGCUGACGGCCUAUGAUGGUUCUACAGAGGAAAUGAACAAUGAACAUUUCAGUUGUGGAACUGGCUCUGUUCUGAAUAUGAAUGGUGAUACAACACAGGCUUCUUCUUUAGUGAUCUGCUUAAUCCAGGGUAUGUAGUCGGUUGUGCUGUAUGCCACAUGAAUUAACUGUUCCUUAUGUCUGCACAAGAUCAAAAGCAACACAUCGUCCAUGACCUGAAGUUUUGAAGGCCCAUUUAAUCCUAAUAUCUCCUUUUGUGCUUCAUGGAAGAAGGAAAGUUAAAUGGGUUUGGAACAACAUGAGUAAGGGUGAGUAAAUGAUGACUGAAUUUUAAAUUUAGGGUGAACUACUCCUUUACAACUUUUACUAAGUAGACCUUUUUUCUGUUUCUUUAAAGGUGAAAUGUGUAAUUUCUUUGUCACCGUUGCCAUCAAACUGAAUUGCAAAAAUAAUAACUUGACGUUUUCAUACCCAAAUACUUAUCAACAAUAAAUUGUACAAACUGAUAAUACUGCCCCACACUCACACCAUUGGUUGAGCCAGUGUUGCAAUGCCAGGCUUGAUAGGAUGCUCAAACAAACAGAGCAAUGUUAUGAAAGUGCCACAAUGUUUACACUUUUGGUGGAAUCAAACUAUGAAUGGCUUACAGUAAAGUUAUCUACAAGUAUAUACAGUAUAUUACUGGACUAGAAUACAGCAUGAUCACACAGGAGGUCAGCAUGUUGUUUCCAAUACUUCCAGUACCCUAGGAUCAGCAACAGUAUGCUGACUCCCUAACAAGGGCCAUCUCCUAUCAGACAUGUUCACAUUGACUCCAAUAUGUUUACUUUCCGCUGUGGUGUGACUAGAAGUGUGUUGCAUCAGCAGUGUGGGAGACCAUGGGUUUGGAUCCCAAGUUGAAUACACAAAUAAAUGUUUCCCUCUAAUAUUACAUUUUUACUCCACUGAUGUUAGGUUUAGGUUUGGGAUUUUGGUAGAGUUUAUAAAACAUGCAUUCCUCUUCACUGUUCAGACUGUACAGCUGAAGACAAAUUUUGGCAACCCCCCGCAGACAUUAAACCUGGGAAAUGGAGAUCACAUAUGCCCAUAUGCCCAACAACACCUACCGCUUUGGCCACUGGGGGCAGUGUUUCAAAUUUUGAAAAGCGCAGACCUAAUAUAGCUAAAGAAAAGUUAACCUACUGUUUCUGAUUUCACUAUGAGGUAAGAAAUUACACACAUCACCUUUACAGUACACUGGCAACAUCCUCAUAACUGACCAAGCAUGUUGAGAACCAAUGGCAAUUCCUUGCUGCUAAAUGAACAAAAUUUUUUGUUUCUCAUUUUGUAAGUUAUAUUUGUUUUUACAGCACUGGAUGAUCAAUGCAUAUAUUUGUAUAUAUGACAUUGAAUGUUAAUAUGGAAGUGUGCUCAACAUGGGCUCUUUACUGUGUGAUUGCCCUUGCUUUUGUGUUGUGCCAUGUUUCUCUGUUCACAUAUGAAUAUUCCCAAAGUUGUAAGUAUCUGUGUAUAUAUAUAUAUAUUACAUUUUAAAUGUUCUUUAUUCUCUAUGCAGGCUACAAUAACAUCAAAACCCUAUAAAUGUGAAAAUUGUCCACCUCAAUUCAAAUGACUGGUCUCAGAGCCCAAGCCUCUAAUGAACUGUAAUUUCAGAUGCUUGUGGAGAUGCUUUAGUGGGAUUAAUAUGGCAGCAUCUGGGAGUCCAUAGGGAUUAGAGGAGAACGCUUUUAACAAGAUUAGUUUUGGGGAAGUGCUCAGCCGUUUGAUGGGCUCACUAGAACAUUCCAUUGCUUUUACCAACUAGUGCAUUCUCAAAAUUACAUGCACGGCCUCAGAUAAUGGUCUCCAAUUCAACUCAAGUGCACUGUCAGUCUCUCCUGAGAGGUAAGUUUACCUUACUUCUCUGAGGUAAAUAUAUUUGGUUAAUUGAUGGUUUAUGAUCUUCCUAGGGGUGCUUGACUGCCAUUCUUAAGUAUAGUUGGUAUCAGAUUUAGCUGUUAUAUAUGUUAACCAGUCACCAUACAGUUUAUAUCCAGUCACUCACAGUUAUCAAGUAGGUCUAUUGUGUGUCAUGCUGACUUGCAUGUGAUUUGUGUUGCCUGAACACCAUCACUGUGACUUAAUCAAGUGCAAUAUGAAAGAUAAGUUGGUGUAUCAGUGUAAGCCAUGGGGUUGUGCAUUACAUUUAUGAUUGCAUAGUCACAUGUCUUUAAAUUGUCUAUUCCUCUCCUAUUUUCUUGACUUUGUCUUAAAUAUUUCUUCACAUUCUUAUUUAUGCAUCUGUCUCCAUAUUAUAUUAAUAUGUGCAUGGAAUAGCUCUCGUUGGCUUUUUGUAUUUGUUUGUGUCUCUUUUGUUUGUUAUGAUGUCUUCUAGUUUAUGGUAUCUGUGUGCCAAAGGUGUUGAAUGGGGUUCAGAUCUGGGCUUUGAGCAAGCACACAAUUCUCUAAAAUCAUGUAAUUUUAUGUAAUUGCUUUAAGAAUUGUCUUCACUGGAGUUACUGCAAUAACCAAACCUGUUAAUUAGAAGGGGUUAUUAACAAAGAGGUGUGUAGUGACUGGGAUAGAAAGGCCACACUCACACACACAAACACACACACACACACACACAAAGGAAAAAUCAUAAACAGAAUAAUCCAUAACAUAAAAAACAAAUGUUCCACAUAGUAUCCAUAAACAACUCUAUAACUAAAACUUUUCACCCAAUGGUGGUUCCAACAGUGAGAGCUCUGUGAUGAAUAAACCAAAGUGUGCAUAAAACAUCAGUGCUGCAGUGUUAGACUGAAUUAUCCUAUUGUGUGUUUUGGAAACCCAAAAGACACCUGACAGCUUCCAGUGAGCACAGAUUUCCCAACAAUACAGGCAGUCAACAUCUCACCACCCCCUACAAUAUGGAAAGUAAAAGAGCAAGGUCUGCAUGGCAAUAUAUUGCCCAAAGAAAAAAGAAAUGGCUCAUCUCCUUCCCUGAGACAGAAAUCAUUGUGAGCUUGGAAAAGUUGGCUGGUCAAGUGUCACAGAUUAGAUGGUAAUAAGUGACUGCUAUGCAGAGGUGCUGAUCACUGCUGUCUGUCAAUUUGCACCUCAGGACACAGUUAAACCUCAUUCACCAGCCCAUCCAUAGCAUGACAAGCCCACAAAAGCCCACCCUUCCGCCCCUGCGAGUUCCUGGAUGCGGUAGAGUGCUCUCAGCUUUAGACGGCCACAGGCAAUGUCUCGUGUGUCUGGGUUGCGAUCACACCGAGGCAGCGUUUGUGGAUGGUUAAUGUUCUCUCUGCGAGAGCAUGACCAUGGCAACGUUGCGGUCACGGUUCGCUUUCAACAGAAAGCACGCCACUCCAGCCGCACAACCCCCCCUCCCCGCAUUGCUCCUUCUUCCCACUCCAUUUGCCUCCAUUCAUUUUCAUCUAUUUCUCAGUGGCCUAAAUUGAAUUUAAUCAAACAUUUAAUUUAAAUAUAAAUAUUGUAUGAAUACCAUUGCAUGAGAUGAAAAAAUAUCAAACCAAGUCUCAGUUCUCCUGAAGUUCACACAGGUGUUCGAGCAAAGUAACUGCAGGUGUAGUUCAUCACAUAAACCAUGGACAUGUUCCACAGCCAGAAAAAUUCAAAUACAUUUCUUGUCCUAAUACUUGUCUUCAUUUUGAACAAUACAGCUAUUGUUUUAUAUUUUGAAGCCUAACAAACUUCUUUUUUUAUUUUUAAAUUGUCUUGCUUGAAUAGUGAAUAAUUUAAAAUAAAUGCCGCUUGGUUUGAUAUUUGUUAGAUAAUGCAGUUAAAACUGCACAUUUUGAACCAUGGCUGAAGUUUCCAAAUGCAAUGAAGCCAUUGCAUUUUUUUCUUUUGUUAUGUUUUCUGCGCACUCACAUUAUUUGUUUAAUAAGUGUGAUGUUAUGCCAUUUGGUAAGCCAUUUUUCCAAAAGACUAGAAAGAAACCUUGAGCAGACUAUGACUGUCGAUGCAAGCAUUGGAGGAAAGUAUGGCUCUGCAUUUAUAUAACCGAUUUAUUCUCUCAGUCUAUCUGACUGUUACAGUGAGCUCUGAACAAGGUCAUAAGCCCCUGGAGAUAAGAUUAGAAAGUAAACAGUUCUUUGGCAUUGACUCAUUCCCUCUCUGCAACUUACAAUGAAGUACAUAGCCUGUAUAACUUACCCAAAUUAGGGGGCGUCUGAGUGCCUGUCAUCCUCUCAGCUGACCUUACAAUGGGUCACUCAAAACAUUUAUUUAAUGGUUCUAGAUAUUCUUAUAGUUCUUUUAAUAAAAAAAAAUUAUAUUUCUUGCUCUUUACAGAAUCCAUCACUUAAUAGAUAAUUCUUGUGUGAUGCUACAUGUGUUUUCUUUACUGGUGUUCUUCAUGCACAAGUUAGAUGGCCAAAAGCAUACUUGCAAUGAAUGUGUGAUUUCACAUUGAUUUAUUGAAUGAUGUGUCUGAGCGAUCACAGUUAAUAAAUAUAACAUUCUAAUGACUAUUUUAAACUACAUUUGCAUUUUAAAGCUAUAUUUAUGAUUUUGGCUAUUAAAUUUGAAAAUGCAGUUUAUGUAAAAAUGUGCAAUCUAGUCCAAAUGUAGUUUUGUUAUUUUUAUGUGCUCUU